CGUAGAACUACGUUUCAAUACACAAUCAAAAGUUGUAUUAUAAGAAGUGAUAAACGCUAUCUAUUAAGUGCUAUCGUUUAAAGAUGAUUUUCUGACAUGUUUUUUAGUUUAAGAUAGAUCAAAUUUGUCGAGUAUUAUAUAGCUAUCCAGGUGUGAAAUGAUGUAAACAGUUAGGCUUAGCGUUCGGCAUGGGUUUGUUUACGUUUUUCUACUGCCAAUAUGGGAGCAACAGCGCACGUUUCCUUUCAUGUUUAUGUUAAUUUUCUUGCAUCAAUGACUAUUGUUUCAUAAUCAUGACUACCAGACCUUAUUUGCGAAGUUCUUUAGCUAGAUCUUUGUAUGAAAAGAUGGUAAGAGAUGACAAUUUGAGGCACCUAGAUAAAUCAAAGUGGUACGACGUGGACUUGGACCUCGUGGACUGUGAAAUUAAGGACGUCUUCUUCGCCAGCCGGGUUGACGAUGAAACGGAAGAUUUUCUGGAGAAUUGCUUCGAGAAAUCCGAUUGGUUGAUGACUCAGAUUUUCCACGCCUUGGUGAGAAGUCUCAUGUGCUGGUUCAUGUCUAGAACUUCGAUAAAUGGGUUACUUGGCCGGGGUUCCAUGUUCGUUUUUUCCAAUGCUCAAUUCGAAAACAUAGUGAGCCCCUUCUCAAAUUUGAGGGAAGAUUGGAAAACGUGUGGCAACUUGCUGGACCUAGGUGCCGGAGAUGGAAAAGUUACUGAAGUAAUGGCACGUCACUUCCGGCACACUUAUGCUACAGAAGUAUCACCUGUUAUGAGGAAGACAUUAGCAGCUAAAAAUUACACGUUGCUGGAUGUGGACAAGUGGGCCAAUCCCGACGAAGGCCCCCGGUAUUUCGACCUGAUCAGCUGCCUCAAUCUCCUGGAUCGCUGCGACCGUCCGAUAACGCUGCUUCAGCAAAUUAGAAGCAAAUUGAACCCCGAUACCGGGAUACUGAUUUUAGCUGUGGUGCUGCCUCUCAGUCAGUACGUCGAAUCAGGCUCCAAGUACAAUCAACCAACAGAAAAAAUCGCAGUCAAAGGCAGAAAAUUUGAAGAACAAGCUGCAUAUCUGGCAACGCAUCUCUUCCAAGAAAAUGGCUUCCAAGUCUUGCGGUGGACAAGGCUGCCUUACCUGUGCGAAGGAGAUUUAGACCAAGCAUUUUAUUGGUUAAAUGAUGCUCUUUUUGUGAUGAAAGUUGCAGAUCCAUGUGAUAGUUAACAAAUACAUGUAUUUUGUGAUAGAUUUGGAUAAUCAUAUAUUUUCGUACUUAACUUUGGCUAACUUAUUAAAAAAGUGAGAUUGCAUUUGUUAAAAACUUAUUCAUAUGUCUUCAUCUAAGGACCAAAUUUUGUAUUAUUAAGCUUUAUAUUUUACAGGAUUUCCAUAAAUUUAUAACUGGAUAUAAAAUUAUCAAAAAAUUAUAAACAAAUUAUAGUAAAACUAUUGUGUAAAACCAUUUAAAAAAAAUUGUGCUUUAAUUUUAAAUGAAAUAGUAACAUAAGAACCUUUUUUGGGGAGUGCAAAACAAUAACAUUGCUAUUUCACUAGGAGGCUUUAUUUAAUCUAUAUGUAAAGACAGAAAUUAGUUUCCACUAUUGCCAUAACCAAUAAUAAAAUUCAUUGUUCUAAACUUUAUAUCAAUAUAAAUGUUUUUAUACUGUCUUUUAUUAACUAUUGAUGUGAAAUUUUCUAUACCAGUGAUUAAAUUUAUGGAUUUCUUUAGCCCUGGUUGUAACUCUGAUCUUGAAUUUUUUUAGCUUAAAUAGUAUUAUAUUGUAUUUAUUUAGAUUUAUCAUCUAAUUGUUAAAAUAAUCUAUGUAGCUCGUGUAAAAAGUAUUCAUUAGAAUAUAUUCCAAUGCAUUAAAACUUCUUACUGACACGUCAAUAUUAGAAUAUAUUUGUUGUAUAAUAAUAUUAGUAUUAUUUUUCAAAUUCAUAAUUUCUUUUUUAACUGUCUUAUUAUGGUUCGAAUUGUAAUAUAGUAUAUUCUAAAUUGUCUUGGAAUAAAUUCUUAUACAUAUCAUCACCUCUUUCUGUAACCAUAACCCUAACUAUAAAACUAAUGAGCAAAUCAAGAUACCUUUACGAGAAUAGCUUGUGUAUUAUCUAGAUUUCUUUCGGUUAAAAUUUUUCCGAAGAGUUUAAAUGUUAUGAUAUUUAAAAUUUUUAAUAAAUUUUUUUGACAUUUUUUUCUCAGAAAUUAUUAAACAUUUAUUUCCAUUUGAAAAAAUUAUCAGUA